AUGGUGUCUGUUAGAGAGAUCAUGCAUUUUAGAGCCGAAAUGUUGUCCAUUCAAGGGAUCGUCUUGCCUUUUAGAGCUGUGAUAGUGCUUAUUGAAGAUACCUUUUUACCUGUUAGAGCUGCCAUAGACCCUUUUCGGGUUGCGUCGGUGCCGAGAGAAGUUGGUGCAGAGGGCUUUGACUCGGCUCGUGCCGUGGAUCAUGGCUUAGGUCAGGAGAUCUGGGCUUGGAUACUACGUUAUAAGUACAGGAAAACGGACGGAGUCAAAGUGUUGUAUUGGACCCUGAGACUGGAGUUUGAAGCUUUAGUGGAUCAGGGACAUUGA